AUGGACGUUGUGUCUUCGAGAUGUGUUGCCAACCAAGCAUUCUUAAGCUUUGUUUAUAUAAGCCAAUUUGGACGAAUAACAUUUGUAUGCCAAGGUAUAGAGGUUUCUCGGAGGUGUCCUUCAUUCCUAACGGUGCUCAUCUUGUCGGGUUACAUCGAAACUCAACCUCGGAUGUCUUCCGCUUCAUUGCCGUUGCGAAAUUCGCAAUCCAAUUCGACUUCGAUGCUUAAUGUUAUGAAUGCUUCUGUCACCGAACUGGACUCGCUGUACUAUAUUUGCACUAAUGUGAAAACAAGAUUGGAACGAUUACCACAGCUUCAUCCGUAUUUGAAUUUGGCCUAUGCUUCUGCCGAGGUACUGAGCGAAAGGCAGUCGCUGUUUCUGUCUCAAAAACAGCAGCAGCAGAAGGUUAACGGUCACCAGAGCAUUUCCUCUUCCUUCAGCGGCAGGGACAGUCAUCCGGGUACCAACAAUAUUGCGAGAACAAGCUCCAUCUCGAAUUUUAGCCUCAAGGAGGAUAUGUCGCUCGACAGCAUCACGUACUCAUCCUCGCAAACCAAUAGCACUAGCAACCCUCAUAUGGAAGAUACACUCCUAACCUUUAGUAUGGGGAUACUGCCGAUUUCUAUGGACUGCGAUCCUGUCACUCAGCUUUCGCAACUCUUCCAGCAGGGUUCUCCGCUUUGCAUUAUUUUCAACGCCCUGAAGCCUCAGUUUAAACUACCAGUGGUUUCAUCUGAUGACAUUAAAAUUUGCAAGAAAUCCAUUUACGAUUUUAUACUGGGAUGCAAGCAGCACUUUGCUUUCAAUGACGAAGAGCUUUUCAAGAUAUCAGACGUUUUUUCGAAUUCAACGACCGACCUAAUGAAAGUUCUGGACGUAAUUGUCACUCUGAUGAAUUCGUCGCCCGACAUAUUUUCCACUGCUGAGGAAACUCAGGAGCAGAUCCAAUUGGAAUUGCAACAAGUGCCAUGUUAUUCGGAAUAUUCCAAGAUUAUGAAAGAGUUUGUUGCCACAGAAAGGAAAUACGUACAUGAUCUGGAAAUCUUAGAAAAAUACAGAGAGCAGUUAUUGGAGAGCAACUUAAUCACCUCGGAGGAACUUUACAUGCUGUUCCCCAAUCUAAGUGGUGCCAUAGAUUUCCAAAGGAGAUUUUUAGUAUCUUUGGAGAUUAAUGCCCUCAUUGACGCGCCCAAGCAGCGGAUAGGGGCGCUUUUCAUGCAUUCCAAAUAUUUCUUUAAGCUCUACGAACCUUGGUCCAUUGGCCAAAAUGCAGCAAUAGAUUUUUUGUCCAAUCAACUAGAGAAAAUGCUGCGAACGGACUUCGUAAUUCGCAAUAAGAUGGAACUGCAAUCAUUCCUUUACAAACCCGUGCAACGUCUCUGCAGAUAUCCCCUUCUGUUAAAGGAGCUUCUGCAGGCCUCACAGGAUGCAGGAAGUUCCAAGGAGCUUGAGGUAGCUCUGGAAAUCUCGAAAGGUAUCGCCAGGAGCAUCAAUGAAAACCAAAGAAGAACUGAGAAUCAUGAAGUGGUAAAGAAGCUAUAUGAUCGUGUUGUGAAUUGGAAAGGCUAUCGCAUUGCCAAGUUCGGUGAGCUGCUUUACUUUGACAAAGUCUUUAUCUCGACAAAUGGCACAUCAGAACCCGAACGAGAAUUUGAAGUCUAUCUCUUCGAGAAAAUUAUAAUUCUCUUCUCCGAAGUGGUUCAAAAAAAAUCUGCUUCGUUGUCUUUAAAGAAAAAACCAACUAAUUCCGGUUCUUCUCUGACACUGAGUCUGGGAGGUUCACACGGCGGUUUCAAUGCACCUCCAAGUGGGGUGAGCGAACCAAAACUAGAUUUAAGAGGACGCAUUAUGAUAGUGAACCUGAAUCAAAUCAUUCCGCUAGAAAAUCAUUCUUUGACAAUUACAUGGGAAUCCGUGAAGGAACAAGGGAAUUUUGUACUUAAAUUCAAAAACGAAGAGACGCGAGAAAAUUGGAGCUCUUGUUUGCAAUCUUUGGUACGAAACGCCAGAAGUGAAUCAUUUAGAAGCGUUGGUAGCGGUGAUCAGUCAUCGUUUGCUUCCCCGGUACAAUUUAGGAAUGCGCAUAACAGCAUAACAUCUUUGAAUAGCUCUCAGGGGAAACAUAUUUCUGAAAUGUUACCCAAGCGCAAUACCUCCUACGCUAACGAUAAUGAAUACCGCUCCAUAUCAGAGAACUACAAGAACUCGAUACCAAAAUCUUCGCUACUGAUCCGCAUUUCCUACAACUCCGAUUUUUAUACUGUUCUCGCAGAACUUGAUUCUAGCGUUGAAGAUGUCCUUCAUAUCAUACAGCGAAAACUAAGCCAUUCAGGUAUUGUGAGUAAGGUUAAAUAUCAGGAUGAGGACGGAGAUUUCGUGAUGCUAGCGUCUGAAGACGAUUGGAACGUCGCCAAGGAUAUGCUCAAGGAGAGUGAAGAUCGUAUCCUCAAUGUCUGGGCUUAUAGUUAA